AUGGCUCAAUGGGCUAUAUUUCGUGCUGUUUGUCUUUUAGUUACUGUGGCUGCCUUUGUGGCUGCAAAUCCCGUGUUAAUGAUGCGUGAGACACCCAAAUACUCGAUACAAAUCCUUUAUGGCAAAGGCUUUCCACACGAAGACCCAAACGAUCCGAAAGAAAUAGCAUACCGGUAUGUAUGGUCUGUAUGGGCUGGUCCACAAGGCGUUGCAGUAGACCCCUGCAACCCGGGACCAUUCUCGUUCAUUCGCACGACAGACGCAGAGGGAUAUGCCAAAGAUCGUAAAAAGAUUCUGUAUCACGAAAUUACAGACCCACAAUACCCAAAUGAAGCGUCCUGGUCGGGGGUAUACCCUAAGUACAGCGACCAGAAUGGUGAUCAUGAUUGCAUAGUUAAGGGCAGAGGCGAAAAGGGUCCUGCAGUACUUGAGUGUGGCAAGACUAAGAUUGAGUUUCAUAAGGAUGUGCAGUUUAAUGACGAAACUAUGCAUUGUAGCCAAUACGAAUAUCACAGGGCAUGGACUGUAGAGUACUAG